UCUCCCCGCGCGCCGAGCCGCGCGCACGGGGUCCCCCAGCGCCCGCUGGCGCCCGGCCGCGGUGCGCACGUCCUUUCGGAUGCGAACACCCGGGUCCCUGGCGUCUGACGCCGCCGGGAGGCCGGCGAGGCCCCAGGUACCUAUUACACCAUUCUUUGGCAAAGGCUGUUCAGUGGUGGUGACCUCUUCCAAUUCAACACUCUACAAAUUAUUAUCUCUGGAUUCCCAGCUGACACCCUGCCGGAGGCAAGAGCUACUAAGCCAACUGGAACUGUGCCUCUUCUCUUGUCAAGGUUUUUUUCUUACACAGGAAAAAGAAAGAAAAAAAAAAGAUGAAGUUGGGCAAAGUGGAGUUCUGCCAUUUUCUGCAGCUAAUAGCGCUUCUCCUGUGUUUUUCUGGGAUGAGUCAAGCAGAACUUUCAAGGUCCAGAUCAAAGCCCUAUUUCCAAUCAGGGAGGUCCCGGACCAAGCGCAGCUGGGUGUGGAAUCAGUUCUUUGUGCUGGAGGAGUACAUGGGUUCAGAUCCCCUCUAUGUAGGAAAGCUUCACUCUGAUGUUGAUAAAGGAGAUGGUUCCAUCAAAUACAUCUUGUCAGGUGAAGGGGCAAGUUCCAUUUUCAUUAUUGAUGAGAACACUGGGGAUAUUCAUGCUACCAAGAGACUGGAUCGUGAGGAGCAGGCCUACUAUACGCUCCGAGCUCAAGCGCUGGACAGAGUCACCAACAAACCCGUGGAGCCCGAGUCGGAGUUCGUCAUCAAAAUUCAGGAUAUCAAUGACAAUGAACCCAAAUUUUUGGAUGGCCCAUACACGGCAGGAGUUCCCGAAAUGUCUCCUGUGGGGACCUCAGUAGUACAAGUAACAGCAACAGAUGCUGACGAUCCUACAUAUGGCAACAGCGCCAGAGUGGUCUACAGUAUUCUGCAAGGACAGCCAUACUUCUCAGUGGAACCAAAGACAGGAGUCAUCAAGACUGCCCUUCCAAACAUGGAUAGAGAGGCUAAAGACCAGUAUUUGCUUGUUAUUCAGGCAAAGGAUAUGGUUGGUCAAAAUGGAGGACUGUCAGGAACUACAUCAGUCACUGUGACCCUAACUGAUGUCAACGAUAACCCACCUCGCUUUCCUCGAAGGUCUUACCAAUAUAACGUCCCAGAAUCAUUGCCUGUAGCCUCUGUUGUAGCCAGAAUUAAAGCUGCUGAUGCAGAUAUCGGAGCUAAUGCUGAAAUGGAAUACAAAAUCGUGGAUGGUGAUGGAUUAGGGAUUUUCAAGAUUUCUGUUGACAAAGAUACACAGGAAGGAAUCAUUACUAUACAAAAGGAACUGGAUUUUGAAGCCAAAACAAGUUACACACUACGGAUAGAAGCUGCAAAUAAAGAUGCCGACCCUCGUUUUGUAAGCUUGGGGCCAUUCAGCGACACGACCACCGUGAAGAUAAUUGUGGAAGAUGUCGAUGAGCCGCCUGUGUUUUCUUCACCAUUGUACCCCAUGGAGGUAUCAGAAGCUACGCAAGUUGGAAAUAUCAUUGGCACUGUGGCAGCUCAUGACCCAGAUUCUUCCAAUAGCCCUGUGAGGUAUUCAAUUGACAGAAACACAGACUUGGAGAGAUACUUCAAUAUCGAUGCCAACAGUGGAGUUAUUACAACUGCCAAGUCCUUGGAUCGAGAGACAAAUGCUGUUCAUAAUAUCACAGUCCUUGCAAUGGAGAGUCAGAAUCCAUCUCAAGUAGGAAGAGGCUAUGUGGCCAUCACUAUACUUGACAUUAAUGACAACGCCCCUGAAUUUGCCAUGGACUAUGAGACCACGGUUUGUGAAAAUGCCCAGUCAGGGCAGGUGAUUCAGAAAAUUAGUGCUGUUGAUAAAGACGAGCCAUCCAAUGGACACCAGUUUUACUUCAGCUUAACAACAGAUGCAACAAAUAACCACAACUUUUCAUUGAAAGAUAACAAAGACAACACAGCCUCAAUACUAACCAGGAGAAAUGGCUUCCGGAGACAGGAACAGUCGGUUUACUAUCUGCCAAUUUUCAUUGUGGACAGCGGAUCCCCUUCACUUAGUAGCACCAACACCCUCACCAUUCGUGUGUGUGACUGUGAUGCUGAUGGCAUAGCCCAGACCUGCAAUGCAGAGGCCUAUGUCUUACCUGCCGGACUCAGUACAGGAGCCUUGAUAGCAAUUCUCGCCUGUGUCUUAACAUUAUUGGUAUUGAUCCUCCUUAUCGUCACGAUGAGAAGACGGAAAAAAGAGCCCCUCAUUUUUGACGAAGAGAGAGAUAUCAGAGAAAAUAUUGUUAGAUAUGAUGACGAGGGCGGGGGAGAGGAAGACACAGAAGCUUUUGACAUGGCUGCACUGAGAAACCUUAAUGUCAUGCGAGAUACCAAGACCCGGAGGGAUGUGACUCCAGAAAUUCAGUUCUUGAGUCGACCGACUUUUAAAAGCAUCCCAGAUAAUGUCAUUUUUAGGGAAUUUAUCUGGGAAAGACUGAAAGAAGCUGAUGUCGAUCCUGGUGCCCCCCCUUAUGAUUCUUUGCAGACAUAUGCAUUUGAAGGAAAUGGCUCAGUUGCCGAAUCACUCAGCUCUUUAGAUUCCAUCAGCUCAAACUCUGACCAGAAUUAUGACUACCUGAGUGACUGGGGACCUCGUUUUAAACGACUUGCAGACAUGUAUGGGACUGGCCAAGAGAGUUUAUACUCAUAGCCUUGGAACCUUAAUUUGAAAGGUACUUAUGAAAAAAUAACAGCAAAAAAACACUACACACCGAAAGCAAGAACUCCACUUGCUGGAGAUAAAUGGUUGUAAAUAUUUCUUCAUUUUUAAUUGUUUAGGUUUCUGCCUUGGUGAAGCAUAUCUUCGUUAAACAUUGGAAUAAAAUAUCCAAGGGGCUGCACUAACCACAGACUCUGAGCAUUUGAAGUUGUUUUGAUAAAAAGAAAUGCCCAGUGGUUUGUGAAUAGAUAGCAACUCUCAUAUACCUGCAAAGGCACCUAACCUCUAUGACUAAGUAUUGUCCUAUAUAGUCAAUGAGGCAAAGACGUCCUGGGCUUACCUUCAUGGUAUUGUC